AUGGAAGACCUUCGUAUCACUGGCUACAAUGCUUUAUUAACACCCGCUUAUUUGCAAGAAGAACUCCCUGCCUCUGAAAAUUCCAAGAAGACUUCUCAAGCAGCCCGUGAUGAAUGCUCCAAGAUCCUUCGUGGCGAAGACGAUCGUCUUGUUGUCAUUGUAGGUCCUUGUUCCAUUCACGACACCGAAGCUGCCAAAGUUUACUGUCAAAAAUUAUUGCAAGUCAAGGAAAAGCUUAAGGGUGAACUUUUGAUUAUCAUGCGUUCUUACUUUGAAAAGCCCAGAACCACUGUCGGUUGGAAGGGUUUGAUCAAUGAUCCCGAUAUCAACAACAGUUAUGAUAUCAACAAGGGUCUUCGUGUGGGCCGUAAGCUCCUUUGCGAUCUUACCGAUAUGGGUAUGCCUGUUGCUGUCGAGUUACUCGAUACUAUCUCUCCUCAAUACCUUGCUGAUCUUAUGUCUUGGGGUGCUAUUGGUGCUCGUACUACCGAAUCCCAACUUCACCGUGAACUUGCUUCUGGUGUUUCUUUCCCUGUUGGUUUCAAAAACGGUACUGACGGUAACGUUCGUGUCGCUAUUGAUGGUAUUGGCUCUGCUUCUGCUCCUCACCAUUUCUUGGGUGUUACCAAGAAUGGUACAGUCAGUAUUACCCAUACUACUGGUAACCCCGAUUGCCAUGUCAUUUUGCGUGGUUCCAACGAAGGUCCCAACUACAGCAAAGAACAUGUUGAAAAAGCCAGUGCUGCUCUCCAAAAGGCUGGCUUAAGACCUAACAUCAUGAUCGACUGUUCUCAUGGUAACUCUUCUAAAGAUCACCGUAAUCAACCCAAGGUUUCCAGUAAUUUGGCUCAACAAAUUGCUAGCGGUAAUGAUGCUCUUAUUGGUGUCAUGAUCGAAUCAAAUAUUAAUGAAGGUAAGCAAAGUGUUCCUGAAGCUGGUCCUGCUGCUUUGAAAUACGGUGUUUCCAUCACAGAUGCCUGUGUGGACUUUGGGACUACUGAAAAGAUGUUGGAUGAAUUGGCUGAAGCUAUCAAAUCAAGACGUGCUUCCAGAAAGUAA